GAGACCGGUUCGACUUGGCCGUUCGGACCCCAUAUGCGGUGACUUCUGGGAAAUGGUCUUCAGUUCCGGUUCUGCUAUUCCUAGACGAUUGUGUUGUAUUACGUUUUCCUUGGAAAUCCAAGAUGUCCUGGGUGAUCCUCAGUUCGAGUGAUCCAAGCCAGCGACAGAGCAAUGGCUGGAGUUGGUUAUCGUGUUGAUGGCCGGAACAUCUUCUCGGAAGUAGAAGAGGCCAAUGCAAAGGGGGUGCUGUGGGUGUCCGGAAGAGAUUUAAUAGUGGAUCUGGGGACAAUGCGGCCAUUGGAUCAUGGUCGUGUCCAGGCUGCGGUGGAGGGACAGGUUAAGCUUGCUCGCAGAAGGGGUAAGAAUACCUUUGUGGCAGGGGUUAGGAAGUUCGGUCACUUGAUCCUCAGCGAUGAGUUUAUCGCGAGGGUUUUGAGUGUGCCGAAGAAGCAGAGGACCCCUGGAGGGUCAAUCUCUGAUAAGUCGAGGCGGGUGAUGGUGGUGCCCGGGACAGCAGGAGUGCCGACUCGGGUACCAUGCAUGGAAGAGUUUCCGCCCUUGUCGGUCAAGGCAGAGGUCAAAGUGGAAGGAACCUCGGUCGGAGAGGCCAUACUCAUCUCCGAUUCAGAGGGGGAAGUGGAAGGUCCGGCCGAAGUUCCUCCGGAGUCUCGGUACCAGGAGGGUGCUGAUACUGUUCGGCUCUCCUCAGGGGCUGAGGACUCCAGUAGAAUGAUGGGCAGGGAGGAAGGCAAUGGGGUGAGCGUGAUGUUGGAGUCGGCUCCGACCGGAAAAGACACAGGACUCGAUCUCUCUGAGAUGGAGGUGGAUAUUCCGGUUGGAGAGGGUCCCGGUUCGUCUUCAGUUGUGGAGGAAACUGGGGGUCAGAUAUUGGAGUGGAGGGGUGCUCCAGCUUGGGCCGGUUCUGACUUUAGAGCAGGCCCAAGUGAGGAGAUAGGUCAAGAUGGAGGGAGGUCGAGGGCGAGAGAGAGGGAAAAGGUUUCUGGGGGAUCGGAGGUCAGAGACCGAUCUAGGUCCCAGUUGACGGAAGAGUCUCCGGUGGAAGGGAGGAGGAAGGAAACUGGCAAGGAAUGUCCCAUUUGCUACAAGCGGGUCAUAUUUCGACGCAAGCAUGUAGAGGACUGUCAUUUUCCAACUGUCUUCCGAGGUCGGACAUGGGACAAGCCGCAUUUGGAUGGUGUUAGACUCUCGGGGGUCAUGUGCAUUAUCAAGAACCUGGGUUUCAGGUCUAUUGAUGAGGCCAUGAUUUAUCUCCAUCGGUUACCACUAGCCAUUCCGGCCGAUUCCUGUCUGUACGAGCGGGACAGAGAGAGGAUGGAGAGAAUAUGUCGGAGGUUCCUCUGGCAUGUUCCGGACGAGUUCCAUGUCCCACGGGUGAACUCGCGCGCUCUCCUGUUCCAUUGGAGAGUGUUAGCCGCCAUGCUGUGUCUUGGGGAUGAUAGCCUUCGUGCUAACUUCUUUAACCAAAGAUUCAAAUGGCGGGGAGGGGAUCCCGUGAAAGACUUGGAGCAGGUUCUUGGUAGGGCGGUAGUGACCCAAGUGUCUGGGACGUGUCCGCCAGAGUCGAGUGUUGAGUCUGGAGGGUCAGGGAGGAGGUGAGAGAGGCGGAGGUAGUCCCAGAGUCUGGGAGGGUCCAGUUGGAGGUGAGAGAGGUGGCCGUUGCCCCAGAAUCUGGGAGGGUCCAGUUGGAGGUGAGAGGAGUGGCCGUAGUCCCAGAGUCUGGGAGGGUCCAGUUGG